AUGGCAUCAGCAGGAGAGUCCCAGGCGGUGGUCCAAGCCAUAGAGACCCUUAGCAGAGGGCAAGAUGUACGGAGAGAGACGGAACUUCUCAUGAAGCCUUACGCCAACUGGGAGGAAUUUCUCAUGCCAGCGCCCAUUUCCAUCGCUAUCCUAGGGGAGCUGAUCUUCAUCUCAACAGGACAGGGGGAUUUCUCCAUCAACAUGUUACCUCCCGAGGGAGGCUUCCGGCACCUCAAAUAUCCGGAAUCCUUCAAGGCCUCCUUGUGCCAAGUCAGCAAUCGAGGCUGGACCGCCUUCAACGAAGCCCACGUCAACAUGGAUCAGAUUAGACUGCUAGCCAGCAGCAUCCCCGAACAGAUGAAAACAAUCAUACGGACUCUCAUCCAGGAGACGGAGGUUGUCACGGCUUUGCUUCCCAAUCAGCUCAAAACCCUCCAGGCAGUGACGGAGAAAUGCGGUGAGUUGGCUAAGGCGGUCAGGUCCAAAUUCACAGAUGUGAUCCACCUCAUCCAAGAACUCCUGGAGGCCUGUCUCAAUGCCAAGCGGGGCUAUGAGAAAGAGCUGAAGGAAGUGCAGAUCGCUCUGGAACAAGCCAAGAUCCGAGAAAAGUCCGCCAAGGAAGCCAAGGAGAUGGCCGAAUGGUACCAUCAUCAGAUGAAGGAGCAAGUGGAAGAGUCUUUUCAACAGUAUAAAGAAGCCAUGGACUCCAUCCCUAUAGGAUGGGAUGCGGUCGGAAUGGAGCUGGUCAUGACUCUCACCCAAACUCUGGGGACUUUUUCGGUUGAGUUUAGCCGGAUGCUAGCAGGGAAGCAGAAGAUACUCGGAGAAGUAGCUGAGAUGGGUGGAGGCGAAGGACUGACGAGGAUGAUUCCUUUCAUCUCAGCCAGCGUCAUAUGUUCGAAGUCAGCUGAGCUUUUGACCUUUGCUACUAGCUUGAGGAACCUCUUAGAUGACCAUGGAGGCCUUAAGACCUCCUUGAUUCUCGAUGAAAAGAGCGGGGAGAUCAAAACAGAGUGGGUGAAGAAGAAUUUACAAAGGCUGAGAGACUCUAUUGCAAAAGAGGACGAGUGUGACCCCAAAACCAAGGCCCAGGAGAUUUGCCAAGCUGCCUUGGAUAUUUGUCAGCAGCUGGAGCAAAUGGCCGUAUCCGUGGGUAGCAUCGGGAAAGUGGGGAAGAGUUUGCUGGAUGGAAUACACCAGCUCCAUAAGAAGGCUUCCGAAUUCGACUCCUACAGUAAAAUGUACACUCGGUCUCCGGCUUUUUCGCCCAAACCCCCCAACGUGUCCAAGAUGGGGGAAGUGAGAAACCCGGGAGUGGAAAACGCCCGCCUUAAAGCCCAGCAGAGCCGAGAGGCCUUGAAGGCCACCAGAGAGGAGUAUCAAAGAAGCUUUGAAAAUUUCAAGAAGCAGAAUGAAGAACUGAUCGAGACCCUUUGCGCUAUGAGAGGGUACCAGGUUAAGGAAGUGGACUUUGACACGGCCAGGAAAAUGCUUAUAAAGGGCCUAGAGGCCCUCAGCCGGGUAAAGGAGCAGUGGGAAAAGAUGGUGAGGUUUUUCCAAAUGAUCUCCAACUUAAUCGAGACCUGCCUGGUGUGGAGCGUCAAAGAAUUUGCCGACACCGUGGAUGGGGCCCAAAAGGUCUCCAGCUACUCGUCCAAAGCUUUCGUGGCUGACCUGGUUUAUGGACAUAUUUUCAAUGCCUCCAGUGUGGCUCAGCUGGUGGCCAUGAUUUCAGAGACUUAUACUCUGGUGUCGGAGAAGUACCUGAUGGAGCGGGUGAGCCACUUAGGGCACCUGCUGGCCAUGGAAGCUGAGGAGCCGAGUUUAGCUGCCGAACGAGCCGCCUUGGCUGAAGGCUGCGACGCAGCGCGGAACGCCGUGAAGGAGCUGGUCUUGCAGAAGAAAGCUGAGUUUGAGAGAAGUUUGGAAGCCAGGGCUGUGGCCAUCGAAAAGGAGAUGAGAGCCAUUUUACCUGCAAACAGGGAAGCUGCUGCUGACCCUCAGCUAAGAACGGUCAGCCCUGAAGAAGAAAGCAAGUUCAUAUGA